AAGAGCCUUAUAUGUGGCCUAUAAACAAUUGAUAUUAUGGGGGAGGGGUCAAGCAACAAGCAAGCAACGCGCAAACUGCGCAAGAGUUACGCCGGUGAACGUCAGUCAAUUGAAAGAGAAAGUGAAAGUAAAAAAAAGUAACGGAGCUUUCUCUGCAUUAACGGCGCAUUUUCUCUGAGACAACGCGAGACGAAACUACUUCAACAUAUGCUGAAAACGAGAUGAAGUUCAUUUGUUUGACUUUGCUGAUUAUUGGUGGAAUUACAGAUUCAAUAUCAGAGCGGUAUGAAGUCGUGGGAUCUGCAGAUACUGUUUUUGCUGUAGCUGGUGAAGCUGUGAUUCUGCCCUGUUCAGUCAAACCCAACAUCAGUGUUGUGGACAUGAGAGUGGAGUGGUUUAGAUCUGAUCUGAAAGACACACUAGUGCAUCUUUAUGAUGAUCAUGUAGACAAAAAUACAGAUCAGAGUCAGUCCUACAGAGGGAGAACAAAACUGAAUCAUCAAGAACUACAGAGCGGAGAUGCAUCACUCAAACUCUCAUCAGUCCGAGUCUCUGAUGAAGGACUUUAUAAGUGUUUUAUUGAGUCCAAAUCCUGGUCUGAUGAUGUCAUUGUUGAUGUCAAAGUUGAAGCUGUAGGACGUCCUCCAGUGAUCACUGUAGAUGGGUUUGAUCAUUCAGGAGGGCUUCAUCUUCAGUGUGACUCUGAAGGCUGGAACCCUGAACCUGAUCUUGAGUGGCUGGACAGUGAAGGAGUCAGUUUGAGUUCAGAAACUACGGAGAUGCAAAGAAACACAGACGGAUUCAGUGUGAAACACACCACUACUGUACAUCACAGUGAUGACAAGAUUCACUGCAGAGUCAAACUGAGACAUCACAUGCUGGAGACUCUGAUUAUCACCACAAGUAAUAUGUUUAGUUCUUGGAGGACAUCCGUCAUCAUGAUUUCAGUUGCUGUUGUGCUCAGUGUGAUUGCUGGAAUACUGAUAGCUGUGUUUUUGCUCAUAAAAACAGAGAUCACGAUCGACUACAGAAUAAACACAAUAACACAGUCAACUUACAGGAUGAACACACAAUACUACAGGAUGAGAAGAGAAGACUAA